AUGCGAUUAUCCCUAAUUGUUUACGCAGGCAUUGAGGUUCAAGCCGGAAAUUUAUUUUCGAAUCUGAUUUUUUGUUCGUUCCUUGAUGCUGUCAAACAGAAGCCAAGGAGGAAUGAAAUGGAGUUGGGUAUAUGUAAUAUUAUCAUGAUGAUUGGUGGAUACAAAUUCAAAGAGAUACUAACUAAAGACUCAUUUGCACAAGUUUUGGAAUUAAGAUUUGAGUUUUCUUGGGAAGUAAUUCUCGUGAAGACCCUGUUUACUCUGUCAACGUUGUCAAAACCAGAAGAUAAUUCACUUGAUCUUAAAGCAUGGGAGAGGUGUAACACAAUGGUGAUAAGUUGGAACAUGACUUUUUUAGAAAGAAGAGUUGCUAAAAGUGUGAUGUAUUAUAACACUGCUAGGGAUGUUUGGAUCAAUCUUGAGGACAGAUUUGGACAGUCUUCCUCUACACAUCUCUAUCACAUUCAAGAAGAUUUAGCUUCACUUACUCAGUCUAGAUCAAGUAUUGCAGAAUAUUUUACUAAGGCAAAAGCACUUUGGGAUGAACUUGAUAAUGUAGAUCCUCUGUCAAUAUAUUCUUGUAAUGGAUGCAAAUGUGACACAGCAAAAAGUAACUUGAAGCAGCAGGAAAAUCGAAGAAUCAUCAACUUCUUGAUGAAAUUGGAUGAGCAUUAUAGUCAAAUUAGAACUAAUAUUCUGAUGAUGGAAGAGCUUCCUAAUCCUUCUCAAAUUUAUAGGCUACUUAUGCAAGAACAAAGACAAAGAAAUCAGUAA